AUGGCCGCCGCCGCCGCCAGGUCGAUGCUACGCUCGUCCGCUUCCCUUCUCCGCGCUGCUCCGGCGAGGGCCACCUCCUCUGCGGCGCGACCGUCCCUUCGUCGCGCGCUGGGUGCGCCCCCUCGGCUCCUCAGGUCGCCCGUCGAGGCGAGCUUCUGCGUAGAAUCGCUGCUGCCGCUGCACAGCGCCACUGCUGCGGCGAGGAUGACGUCUAUGCUCGCGGUGCCUGGCCGAGGCCUCGGGUGGCUCACUGAAGGGCAAGAUGAAACUAGAUGAAGACCACCUGGGGAAUGGGGAAAGCCGAAAUUGAUGGCGUAUGAUGCUGACUUGCCAACAGAACCAGAAGAUUACUAGUCUUUCAGAAUGAGUUGACAGAGGAAGGAAGCAUUUUUUUUCUGUAUGUGAACUAUGAAGAAUUAUUGAAUAAAUGAUCUUAGAUGUUGCUCAACUUCAUUUUCUGUCUUCGGUAACCAGAAUCAUCAUCCUUAUUUGAUGAGAAUCGCACCAGCAUGAUCUGGUGAUUAAAAAGUCCUUUCUAUUUCUUGUACA